AUGUUGCCCAUUCCCGAUACACCUUUCAUAGCCUACGUACAAUGUUAUUAUGGUGCCCUACCAACCAAUGCAUAUGGAACAUGCAAUACCUAUGAUAAUACGCGAAUACUUCCAACUUUAACACAAUCACCGGUUAGGACAGUUUCGCCAACCGAUAACCGUAUUUAUACACGAACUAGGAAAAUCGCAGAACGUAUAGGCGUGGAAGAGAUCAAAGUGAGGAUUUGGUUCAAAAAUAGACGGGCGAAAGAUAAAAAGCGUCCUGUGAUCUCCACUUCUAUUUCUGCUGAAAAUGGACUCUCUACGAUAGGAAAAAUAUUGGAAAAUAUAAAUAAUCCCAAUGGUGCUGCAACGUCAAGUGGUGGUGCUUCUUCGUUGAAAACGGCGAAAAGAGACGAUGUAGACGAAAUUCCUGCGAUUUAUGUUCGCCAAAAAGCAUCAGAACCACCACCGCCACCAAAGAAACAUAAAGUGGAGGUAUUGGAGCAUCUUGUAUUUUAUCCGGCUACAAAUAAUUGCGUUCGAAUUCGUCGUGAUAUAUGUACUCCGGUAGUGACCACUAUUUAACUUCGAAGAAGUGAUACUCUAAUUCAAUCUAUUUUAUAUAAGCACAUUUUGUAUUGAAUAUUAAAGA